AUGGCCCGCAGAUUCUGCCACAGUGACUUGUUCUCUCGGAGCAUCAAAGCUCUGUACCCACGUCACUUGCGGCAGACGUCACAAUCCUACUCCAUUCCAGGACUAUGCCAGUCUGUGGCCAUGCUCCCACCAGCCAGUCGCCUCCUGUCCCUUUUGCUGGUGCUGGGCACAGGGGAUACCAUGCCCAGCCCCCAGGCACCCCCCCAGGGCUGCUACAUGGCAGAGGAAGCUGGUGAGCGGACAUUCCGCUGCAGCCAGGCAGGCCUGAGUGCCGUGCCCACUGGCAUCCCCAACGAUACCCGCAAGCUCUACCUGGAUGCCAACCGGCUGGCAUCGGUGCCAGCUGGUGCCUUCCAGCACCUGCCUGUUCUGGAAGAGCUGGAUCUGUCCCAUAAUGCCCUUGCCCACCUCUCAGGGGCUGCUUUCCAGGGCCUGGCAGGCACACUGCGGCACCUCGACCUCUCUGCCAACCAGCUGGCGUCAGUGCCUGUGGAGGCCUUCGUGGGUCUGCAGAUCCAAGUGAACCUGUCUGCCAACCCGUGGCGCUGCGACUGUGCCCUCCAGGAGGUUCUCAGACAGGUGAGGCUGGCACCGGGCACUGGGACAGGCAUCGUGUGUGGCCCUGGAGCCCGACCAGACCUCGUGGGGCAAGAGUUCCUGCCGCUGGCAGGGGAGGAAGAGCUGUGUGGGACGGGGCGGGGCGGGGCCCGGCGGAGCACAGACGUGGCCCUGCUGGUCACCAUGGGGGGCUGGCUGGCCCUGGUGGUGGCUUAUCUGGUCCACUAUGUGUGGCAGAAUCGGGAUGAGACCCGACGUCCCCUCAAGAAGGCCCCCACGCUGCCUGUGAGCUCAGAGGACUCCUCUACCCUCAGCACCAUGGUCUGA